CCAUCGAUGGGGAGCCGCAGGCAUAUAUUGACAUGUGCGGCACAAUGCCUUGGGUUACAAGAUAGAGUACAAGAGUUUGAAAAGGAUACUAGAAGGGAAGGAGGUUGAGAUUACAUAAACUCUAACAGGGAGCACCGUCGCUCUGGUGCUGGCCAUCUCCUACGGGCCUCUGGUCGCCUCCGCUGUCCACAGCCACAGCGGCCCCGUCGCCGGCAGGGCGGCGAUCCACCUCACGACGGCAUGGGCGGCGGCCUGCUUCGGGUACUCCGUCGCCACGUACAGGCUGAGCGUUGGGAGCCUGCAGGUUGACAGGCCCGCUCACCCCGAAUGGCACUCCCGUCGGAGCAUAGAGGGCGAGACAAUUAUGGACGUGUAUUGUUGUCUCAUGGUUAUGAUUCCCACCUUGUUCCUCGCUGUUCCGGUGACAUGGAUCAUUCAAAACAUGGCAUGGAUGAAGGAAAACGACUUUGUGCUGGCUCUGACGUGUUUAACAAUGAUCACCACGGUGUUGCUUUACCUUUGGUCUAUACCUCUGGUCAGCAGGGUAGCCAUUGUAUCUGUGGAUGCCAUGUUUCGUCUUAUGGUUGUUUUCAUGGCAUCGUUCGCUCCCAGCUUUGUUCUCGCCCUCUUCGGUCGUCUUCUGUUGCUGUAUUACUUCUCGAUAUCGAUGAUGAUGAUGGCAGUUAUGUUUGGGUAUGUCUUUGCUGCGAAUCAGCACAGGAAAUUUUCUGCGAGCUUGGUUUUGCUUGAAGUUAAGGACGACAAUGGAGAAGCAAGAAGUCGUCCAACAAGGUCCUGAAACAGUGUUCACGCGCAAGAGGAAGUGAAGCUCAAAUAUCUCUGGGUUGGGUGUCCUUGCUUUUCUAAGAACUAGCUGGAUUCCCAAGUACUACUAAACUAGACAUAUUUUGGCACUAGCUGCUUGACUCCUAUUGAU